UGUCUAAUGUUGCCCCCUUUCUAUUCCCUUCUUGCUCGCUUCCCGCCGUACUUUACAUUUGCUGCGGAAAUCACGGGAAAGAAAAGAAAAAAAGAAAAAAAGAAAGAGAGAGAGAGAGAGAAAGAAAGAAAGAAAGAAAGAGAGAAAGGAAAGGAGAAGACGAAGAAGAAGAAGAAGAAGAAGAAGAAGAAGAAGAAGAAGAAGAAGAAGAAGAAGAAGAAGAAGAAGAAGAAGAAGAAGAAGAAGAAGAAGAAGAAGAAGAAGAAGAAGAAGAAGAAGAAGAAGAAGAAGAAGAAGAAGAAGAAGAAGAAGAAGAAGAAGGAAGAAAGAAAGAAAAAGCGAAGAGGGUCUAAAGCUGGCUACACUGAAAAAGGGAAGUGUCUUGUCAGUCGAUUGCCAUAAUAAAAAACCUACCUGCCAAAA